AUGUCUGUCCAGUUUUCUUCACAGGCACCCUGGAGGAACAACAACUUCAGUUUUCUAAGCAGGGAGGCAGCUGUAACAGAGCAAGGAGAGACUAUCAUAGGUUUCUACCUACUGGCUUUAGGCUGGCUGUCUUGGUUUGGAAACAGCAUUGUGAUUUUUGUCCUGUAUAAACAAAGACACCUUCUGCAGCCCACCGACUACCUCACAUUUAACUUGGCAGUAUCAGAUGCUAGUAUCUCUGUGUUUGGUUAUUCACGGGGAAUUAUUGAAAUCUUCAAUAUUUUCAGAGAUGAUGGAUUUAUUAUCACAUCAAUAUGGACUUGCCAGGUCGAUGGCUUCCUGACACUCCUCUUCGGCCUGGCUAGCAUUAAUACCCUUACAGUAAUCAGUGUGACUCGCUACAUCAAGGGCUGCCAUCCUGAGAGAGGUCACUGCAUCAGCAACAGCAGUAUGACUGUGGCUCUGGUUCUCAUUUGGAUAGCAGCUUUCUUCUGGUCAGCAGCUCCAUUACUUGGCUGGGGCAGUUACACAGAUCGCAUGUAUGGCACAUGUGAGAUAGACUGGGCAAAAGCCAACUUCUCCACAAUUUACAAGUCCUACAUUGUCUCCAUUUUUAUCUGCUGUUUUUUCCUACCUGUCACAGUCAUGGUUUUCUCAUAUGUGUCAAUUAUCAAUACUGUCAAGCUAAGCCAUGCACUAACAGGACUGGGUGAUCCCACAGACAGACAGAGGAGAAUAGAGCGUGACGUCACCAGGGUUUCUAUUGUCAUUUGCACAGCCUUCAUUAUUGCAUGGUCACCAUAUGCUGUCAUCUCUAUAUGGUCUGCCUAUGGGCACCCUGUGCCAAAUCUUACCAGCAUCCUUGCCAGUUUGUUUGCUAAGUCUGCCAGCUUCUACAAUCCCAUUAUCUACUUUGGAAUGAGCUCUAAAUUUCGGAGGGACAUUUUCAUUUUGUUCCAUUGUGCCAAGGAAGUCAAGGACCCUGUGAAGCUAAAACGGUUCAAAAACCUCAAGCAAAAACAACAAGAGCCCUCUCAGAAAGGAGAGAAGUAUGCAGGAGAAAUGCAUCCCGCACCAAGCCCUGAUUCUGGAGUGGGAAGUCCAACCAACACCCCACCUCCAGCAAACAGGGAAGUGUAUUUUGGUAUUCUUGAUACACCAUCUAAUAACCCUGAUAUUGAAUGUGAUAGACUGUAA